AUGGACAUUCGCGUACUACAUCCAUCGGACAUCCCGCAUGUCCAACAGACCAACAUCACCAAUCUACCCGAAAACUACUUUUGCAAAUACUACAUGUACCAUGCCCUUAGCUGGCCUCAACUAAGCUACGUCGCUGUUGAUGUUUCGCGGCCGAAGAAGACACCCUACGAUGCGCCCAAGGUGGUCGGCUACGUGCUGGCGAAGAUGGAGGAAGAUCCGGCCGACGGCGUUCAGCACGGCCACAUCACAUCCCUCAGCGUCAUGCGGACACAUCGGCGGUUAGGGCUGGCAGAGAAGCUCAUGCGCCAGAGUCAAAGAGCCAUGUAUGAGACAUACAACGCCGUCUACGUUUCGCUGCAUGUGCGUGUGUCCAACGUGGCGGCAUUGGCCCUAUACCGCGAUACCCUGGGGUUCAAGGUGAUUGGCACCGAAGCCAAGUAUUACGCGGACGGCGAGGACGCUUUCAGCAUGCGUAUGGAUCUGGACUAUCUACGACAAGAGGCGCUAGAUGCGGAUGAGUCGGACGGGGAAGAGGAGACGACCGUGGGGCAGGAUGAAGGUGGAGAGGUGGGGAGUGCGGGCAAGGCAGGCGAGGGAGAUGAUGCGGCAAACAAGGCAAAGGAGACGAUGCGCAAGGUCAAGGUAGGACGGCAGUUGGGCGUUGGUGAGCUGGUCGAGCGAACGGCUGUUCAAAGCAAUACCACAUCAUAG